CCCUCCCAGUCAACCAUGAACCAGCUGGACCCUGCUAAGGACCCAGAUGCCAUCCCUGCCCCCCUGUGUGUGGUGUGCGGCCAAGCCCACGCCCCUGAGGAAAACCACUUCUACACCUACACGGAAGAAGUGGACGAUGACCUCAUUUGCCACAUCUGCCUGCAAGCUCUGCUGGACCCUCUGGACACUCCCUGCGGACACACCUACUGCACACCCUGCCUCACCAACUUCCUGGUGGAAAAGGACUUCUGCCCUGUGGAUCGCAAGCCUGUGAUCCUGCAGCACUGCAAGAAAUCGAGCAUCCUGGUCAACAAGCUCCUCAACAAGCUGCUGGUGACCUGCCCGUUCACAGAGCACUGCGCGCAGGUCCUGCCGCGCUGCGAUCUUGACCAUCACUUUCAAAUGAGCUGCAAAGGUGCCUCCCACUACGGCCUCACCAAAGACCGGAAGAGGCACUCUCAGGAGGGCUGUCCAGACGGCUGUGCCAGCCUCACAGCAACAGCGCUGUCCCCAGAGGUUUCUGCAGCUGCCACUAUCUCCUUAAUGACAGACGAGCCUGGCCUAGACAACCCUGCCUACGUGUCCACAGCAGAAGACGGUCAGCCAAACAGCCCCCUGGACUCUGGCCGGAGCAACCGAACAAGGGCACGGCCCUUUGAGCGAUCCACCAUCAGAAGCAGAUCUUUUAAAAAAAUAAACCGAGCCUUGAGUGUUCUUCGAAGGACAAAGUGUGGAAGUACAGUUGUCAACCAAGCUGAGCAGGGCAGAGAGAAUUCUGAAAACACCACUGCCCCUGACGUCUUUCCAAGGUUGUAUCACCUGAUUCCAUAUGGUGAAAUUACCAGAGUCAAGAUCAACCGAGCGGAUCCCAAUGAAAACCUCUCCAUUAGGCUUGUGGGAGGCAAUGAAACCCCGCUGGUCCACAUCAUUAUCCAGCACAUUUAUCGUGAUGGGGUGAUUGCCAGAGACGGCCGGCUACUGCCAGGAGACAUCAUCCUAAAGGUCAACGGGAUGGACAUCGGCAACGUACGGCACAACUAUGCCCUGCACCUCCUGCGGCAGCCCUGCCAGGUGCUGUGGCUGACGGUGCUGCGGGAGCAGAAGUUCCGGAGCAGGACUGAUGGGCAGCCCCUGGACACCUACGGGCCCCGGGAUGACAGUUUCCACGUGAUCCUCAACAAAAGCAGCCCGGAGGAGCAGCUUGGAAUAAAACUGGUGCGCAAGGUGGACGAGCCUGGGGUGUUUAUUUCCAACGUUCUGGAUGGUGGCGUGGCAGACCGACACGGUCAGCUGGAGGAGAACGAUCGUGUGUUAGCCAUCAAUGGACACGACCUUCGGUACGGCAGCCCGGAAAGUGCAGCUCAUCUGAUUCAGGCCAGUGAAAGGCGCAUUCACCUCGUCGUGUCCCGCCAGCAUCGGCAGCGGAGUCCUGACAUCUUUCAGGAAGCUGGCUGGAACAGCAGCGGCAGCUGGUCCCCAGGCCCAGGGGACAGGAGCAACACUCCCAAGCCCCUCCACCCUGUGGUCACUUGUCAUGAGAAGGUGGUAAGUGUCCAAAAAGACCCCAGUGAAUCACUCGGCAUGACCGUUGCAGGGGGAGCAUCACAUAGGGAGUGGAAUUUGCCAAUCUAUGUCAUCAGUGUUGAGCCCGGAGGAGUCAUAAGCAGAGAUGGAAGAAUAAAAACAGGUGACGUUCUGUUGAAUGUGAACGGGAUUGAACUAACAGAGGUCAGCCGGAGCGAGGCGGUUGCUUUAUUGAAAAGCACAUCCUCCUCGGUGGUACUUAAAGCUUUGGAAGUCAGAGAAUGUGAGCCCCAGGAAGAAGGCAGCAGCCCAGCAGCGCUGGACUUCAACCACAAAGACACGGCCCCACCUGGCAACCGGUCCCCCUCCUGGGUCAUGUGGCUGGAAUUACCACGGUACCUGUACAACUGUAAAGAUGUUAUACUGCGAAGAAACACAGCUGGAAGUCUGGGCUUCUGCAUUGUAGGAGGUUAUGAAGAAUACAAUGGGAACAAACCUUUCUUUAUCAAAUCCAUUGUUGAAGGAACACCAGCAUACAACGAUGGAAGAAUCAGAUGUGGUGAUAUUCUUCUUGCUGUCAAUGGCAGGAGUACAUCAGGAAUGAUACAUGCUUGCUUGGCAAGGAUGCUAAAAGAACUUAAAGGAAAAAUUACUCUCACCAUUGCUUCUUGGCCCGGCACUUUUUUAUAGAAUCAAUGAUGGGUCAUAGAAAAACAGGAAAUCACAAAUAAGCUAAGUUGAAACAAUGUAUUUAUCUUAUCGAUUUUUGUAUUUGAAGGCUACAAUGUAAAAAUAUAAACUUUAAUGUCAGGAAAAGUAGGAUCUAAUGAAAAGCCAAUUACACCUCAGAAAAUAUAAUUCUCAAAAUAGAAACAUUACUAAUAGUUUUUAUUCAGUGUGGAGCAUUUCUCAUUACUCUAGAACUUUAAGUUUAUAUUUUUCUAUUCAAUAAAAAGCUCUUAAACAGCUGACAUGGUUUGUAUGCCCCCACUGAAUUCAAAUCAUACAGUUAAAUUAAAAUCUGGUAUAUGCUGAGGUCUGCAAAGGGUACACUAUGGGCAUUUUAAAAACAAUUUCCAGACAGGAUUUUAAAAGUGCAUUGCUGAAAAGUGUUCAUCAAAUGAGAAAUAAAUAUUUUUCAAAAAUUAUAUAGCUGUCUUUUAGUAUGUGAUACUAAGUUCAUUUCUAUUAUCACUAUUUAAAAGUUCUUAGUAAUUCAUUCUUUCAAAACCAUGUUGCUACCAUCACUGACAAAUACCUUCUAAGGGCUAUCCCUAAAAAUGUUCACAGAAUUCUAUAAACUUGUACUUUCUUAAAUGUAAUGGGAAAUGACUAAUCUAAAGCUUAUUUAUUUUUAUUCACAGUAUAGCUAGUAACUGUAUACAAACUCUACGUGCUGCUCAACCAACGAGCCUUGGAAGAACCAUCAAGAAAGGCCAAACCAGCUUGACCUAGCUCAUAAAAGAUGGCUUUGAGGCAAUUCAAAUUUGUCACAGUGACGAGUAUUUUGUCCAUGUGCCUGCCAGAAACUACAUUUAGGGCAAGUUAUUUCAGAGGUCACCCAAGUGCCAUUAGAUUUUAUUACUUUGGAUAGAAAAGUUCCCCUUUAGUUUCACCAUGAACCCAAAUUUAGAACACUGAAAACCUGCUAUCAAAAAGUUGUAGUAUCAGGCUUCCCUGGUGGCGCAGUGGUUGAGAGUCCGCCUGCCGAUGCAGGGGACUCGGGUUUGUGUCCCGGUCCGGGAAGAUCCCACAUGCCGCGGAGCGGCUGGGCCCGUGAGCCAUGGCCGCUGAGCCUGCGCGUCCGGAGCCUGUGCUCCGCAACGGGAGAGGCCACAACAGUGAGAGGCCCGCAUACCACAAAAAAAAAAAAAAAAAAAAGUUGCAGUAUCAAAACUGUAUGAGUUCUUUAAUAUGCAAAGCAAUAGUGCCACAGCAGUGAUAAAAGACUAGUUUUAAUCUCAAGACUCAGAGGUGCCUUUUGAUGCAUUUUGCAGUGCAACUUCUUAAGAGACUGGUAUUUGAUUAACUCCUCAAGGAAACUGGCCAAGAGGGAACCUUGACCUUUAUCAAUCAGAUAUUAUGUACACAGCUAAACAUAGCUCUUUAAGUUCCCUGCUAAGUGACUCAUUCACAUUACUUUCUUCGAUACAAAGUCAUUACUGUCUAUUUUUUAAAUAUUACAAGACAAAGAUUUUUAACUUAACAUGAAAAAUUCACUCUUUUAUUUUAGAAGAAAAAAGUUAACUUUUCAUACUAAAAGAACAAGAUUAAAGGCAAAUUUCUUAAACAUUAUCCAGAAAAAUAAGAUUUAUAGUAUCUAUUUCUGGCACUACUGUACACAAAAGGCCAUAACCAUGCCUAUUCUGCAGGUGUAGCUUCGGUGCUCUCCUGUUCAGGGGCAGGCUCGCUGCCAGCUUCUUUUCCUUCUUUGCUUCUUUUAGAUUUUUUGUGCUUGUGUCUCCUAUGACUGUCUCCUUCUUCACUUUCAUGGCGACGUCUACUAUUACUAAAGAAAAAAGAAAGGUGUAUUCUUAAAAAUGUUUAAGUAGUGACGGAUCAACCUACUUUAGGUAAAUUCUCAGUAUAACAGUGGGUUUUAAAUAAUCUAAUACUUUCUUUUUCUCAAACACAUUUUGGGGAGUAAUUAUUUUUUAUGUGACCUUUAUGCUGAGAUUAUAUUUACAUUUAAUGCUCACCUUCAUUAAUAUUUUCCUAGAACCCUAAGGACCAUAUACAUUAGAUUAUGAGACCGACGCACCACCCACUAUGCCAAGAGGGCCACUAGGGCCCAUAUACUUCAUUCUAAAAGACUAAAUUACAAAUUAGAAACUGAAGCACUAGAUCAGAACAGGAAAUACUUCCUAGAGUUGAUUUUAGGCAAACAAUAGGCAUUAAAAUUUAAUGCUGAUUUUUUUUUUUUGGUGGGGGGGACUAUAAGGCCCUGAAUUUUCUUUGAUUAAACUGAACAUCAGUUUGUUUAAUAACAAUUACUACUAAAAACUGAUUCAUAUGACAAAUCCCCCCCCCACCCAAGAUAAUGUAGUAAGUCUAAUUCUCAUAUUUUUUAUUCCAUGCUAAUUUUGGCUUAUGGGCAUUAUAAUCUGGUUAGAUUUCAAUAUCUUUGUUGAAACCUAUAAGGAACCAACUAUAGUCUUCCAAUUAGGAACACAUAUAAUGCUCUAGUGGUUACUUAGAAAUGUUUGCUUUUACUUCCUGAAAACAAAUCAAUUUCUCUUGGCUUCAAAAUGAUUCACUAUUAAAGAGCAAACCUUCGAGAGGACUUGUGUCUGGUUUCCUCUUUCUCUCUGUGUCGUCUUUCUCUGUGUCGUUCUUCUUUCUCCCGACUUGCUCUGUGGCGCUCAUAGCCUCUUUCUGCAUACUCCCUGUAUCUGUAUCGUUCUUCAUCACUGAAAUCAGAAUAGAAACAAGUUUUCUUGACAACUGGAUUGUUGAUUCUGAAUGACUUCAAGCUACAAAAGACGUGACCUGAGUCCAAACCAGAAGUCCUAAUGUUAGCAUCUUACACAGAAUAGGUGCAAAGUAUAUACUUGUUGAACUGAGAGGAAAACAAUGCUGCUCCCAAAUUAGUACUAGAUCUAAUACAAGAAUACAAAAUAUAUAAUGAUUACACGUUAUGUUAAAGGGCCAAGUUCUGUGCUUUCACAGUUGUUAUAGGGUAGAAAUUUUAUAUAAAUGCUGUUUUUCUUCAAAAUUUGGGAGCUGUAACUGAUCUAAAUUUUAAUCAGCGGCUUCAUUUUACUUUUUAGACUUAAAAGCAUGUUUGUGUAUCUCAGAUUUCCAACCAAAAUUCUUAAUGAUAUUUAUAAAAUCUUAGGCACACAGUUAAGAUUCUAAAAAUAUAUUAAAAAUAUUUGGCUUAUGACGACAUAGUCCAAGUAGAUAAAGGUUCUUAAGGUUUUGAAUCACAUAAAGUAUAUAUUCAUCUAAUGAAGUGGUAUAAACAUUAAGAACAGAGUGACAUCAAAGCAACUUCCAUUUUCCAGUGCAAAUUAGAAAGCAGGCAAUUGUAAACCGCCAUAUAUUGGCAUUCUUAGUAGAUGUGCAAAUUUAUGAAUACAGGCAUACCUCAAUGAUAUGAACCGUAGGUUCAGUUUCAGACCAAUAAAAUAAAUAUCACAAUAAAGCAAGUCCACAAAAUUUGGAUUUCGCAAUGCAUAUAAAAGUUGUUUACACUAUACUGCAGUCCGUUAAGUGUACAAUAGCAUUAUGUCUAAAAAUCAAUGUACAUGCCUUAAUUAAGAAUACUUUAUUGCUAAAACAUGCUAACCAUCACCUGAGUCUUCAGCAAGUCUACGUUUUGCUGGUUUGAAAUAUUGUGAGAAUCACCAAAAUGUGACAAAGAAACAAGAAGUGAGCAAAUCCUGUUCGAAAAGUGGCGCUGAUUAAUAAAGUAUCAUACAAGAGACUGAAAAAAAAAGCAAUUUCCACAAUAUCCACACAAAAUGCAGGCAGAAAAUUGCCUACGGACAUACUUGAAUUCUGACAUCCCAAUAACUUAACGCUAUCUGUGUGGUAAGGGAGGCGGGUUGCGGGGGUGGAGUGAGGAGGAGGAAGCUGGAGGGAGGGGACCAUGGGAACAACUUCAAAUCCAUAUUAAGCUCUGCCUCCAUUUUCUGAUUUUGGAGAGAAUGGACUAGUGAAACUGGGACUGAUGGUAGUCAUCUUUACCUCCUUAGACCUGUCUCUCCACGUCCUUUCGUGAAAAUGGAGACAUACUUCUGUUUUUCUCUCAAUCCUUCAAGUCUAUUUUUUCUUUUUGUUCAGCACAGAAGUCAACAUUUUCUACAUCCUAAUGUCAGUAAACUCUUAGAAUGAAUAAAAAUAUCU